AGUCAUGACGAAAAUCUGCAACUGGCAAAUAAUGUAAAACACGCGGUUAAGAAAUAAGUUAUUGCUAAUAUAAUACUUUAAAAAAACUGGAUAGGGAUAAUAAAUCGGGCAAAAAUGCUACAUGUCGGGGCAAAAAGGACUUAAAUUUGGUCAGAAAUUAUAAAAUUGAGGAGAAAAGGUAACAUAAAUUGGGCAAAAAUUUCAAAAUGAUGCACACAUAACGCUCAGUCGCACAGCAAAAUUCAAUUUGUUUUAAAAAGAAGAAAAACACGAUGAAAGAAAAAGUAAAGUACAUGAUCAUAAUAAAAAUAGGAUAUUUUCAGAAAUAAAACAUAAAAGCUUAAAUAUUAGAACCUUCGACAAGCCAUCUGCAGGACCAAAACAAGUUUUAAUUCUUGGUUUCUUUGGUGUAAAACCCACGUGUUGUUAAUUAACAUUGAUAAAUUGUUUUUGUUUACGGCACUGAGAUUAAAUUUCAUACUUGGAUGCGCUUUCUUUGUGUAUGAUUACCACCUUUACAUGUUUUGUUCCGAGUGAAUGAACAUCUCAUGAAAUUGAUCAAAGCAAACCCUUUUAAAGCAUGCAUCAAAUGUGCUUACAUAAAUGGCGGCCACAUUUUAUGGAAUGAUUGUAGUAAAGUCGUUUUUUUAAAAGAAAUAGAAAUGUAAUUUGGGAAGCAUUUGAAGAGUUCCUACCUGGUUUUAAACAGAGAACUUGAUAAAAGAAAUGAUAAUGCGAGCAAAGAUUUUUUUGUUUUAUGUAUUCUAUGUAUUAGCUGAGAGCUUUGCAAAGUCAGUUGCCAAACAAGGCUCAUCCUGUAAAGAUGCUAUCGGAUUACAAACCGGUUUUCUGGAGACACGUGACAUUAAAACGAGCACGUCCCAGCCUAAUUUUACGGCGACCGAUCCGUGGUGUGCUACGGUAAUUGAUGAUAAACAGUAUUUCGCAGUUGACUUAGGUGAAGAUUUUAGCAUUUCAAAAAUUGCCACGCAAGGCAAAUUGGACGAUAAAGAUAGAUAUGUCACAAUGUAUGCGUUAGAAUAUAGCAGCGACGCCAAAAAAUGGACAGAUUACAAAGAUAUAUUUGGGAAAGCUGAUUUAGAAGGAAACAAAAACACAUACGAUGUCACAACACAUGAUCUGGCGCCUGCUAUAAUUGCACGUUAUGUGAAGCUGAAACCUAAAGCGUGGAACAAAGGAAUAUGUGCAUUUGUCGAUUUAUACGGUUGUUCAAUCGAAGACCUGAAGUCUGGAAAAGUCGGAAACACUUGACCUAAUGUCACAAACGAGGUUUGAAAUUGCUAGCAGACAACGUAAAGAACACGUGACAUUACGUCACUGGAAAAAAGAUAAUUACGUCACUGGUAUUUCAACAAGCGUAGAGAAAA